UAAAAGCUUUUCAAAAAAAUCAUAUAUAAAAUUUCCAUUCUUGUAGCUAAUUGAUGCUGACAUUCUCCCCAUUCAACCUCUUAUAACUAAAAAGACUUUCUCUCUCUCUCUCUUUCCCCCUUCCAUUCCGUUUCUGGGUCUCCACUCACCAUCCAAUUUCCUGUUUUCUCUCUCUCUCAAAUUCUGGAUAGAGAAGAGAAAAGAAAAAAAAAUAAACAAGAAGAAGAAAGAGAGAGAAAAAGAUUCAAGUGUGAACCAGCUGAAUGUCUUGGUGGUGAUGUUCGUUUACAUGGUCUACGCGCCCAAACUAUUUGACUUUUCAUACAAAAUAAUUGAAAUUCUAUUUUCCCCAUUCCAAAUUCCUCAAUUUCCAAUCAUUUCUUUUCUUGAUCAAUUCUUCCGUGAUUUCACAAUCCUCCAUUCUUUCUCAUCUAUGUAAUCAUUUCACGGGUUUUUGGAGAUCCCAAGAUCUCUGAAACCAUAAAUUUUCUAUCUUGUCUCUUUCUUUCUCUCCGAACAGAACUCUCUGUUUCUGUUCUGUUCCUUGAAUCCUUCAACUUCUAGCUUUUUGGGUUAUCAUACAUUGGUUUGAUUGUCUUACAGAGACCUCCGUUUCAUAAUCCAUCAAAAACCCAAUUCAGUUUUUGGCGGUUUCUUAUUUGUUAUAUCAUUAAUGCAUGCUUCUUUCCAUAUUUACGGGUUUUAAUGGAUCUGUCUUGCUGUCUUCCCUAUCAUUUAUGAAAGCUCAAGGCCAUAUCUUUAUCAAAACUUCCAUACUCUUUUACUCUGUUUGUUUCUUGAAGUUAUUCUCUGUUUCUUUCAAUUCAAAGAUUGGUAGAUAGAUAAAUGGGUUGUGCAAGCUCAAAACAGAGGAAGAGAUGCAGGCACUGCCACGCACCUUAUUCUCCGGUGCCGCGAAGCUACUCAAUGCACGUAGUACAUCCUCCACAGCAGAAAGGUGAUAGCUACCAUGUGGUGGCACUCACUUCCACCACAUUAGGCUCUCUUCCUCUUGAUUCAACUUCCAAUUGUAAAGACAGUAUCAAUAUCAAUACUGCUAUUGAUAUCUUCGCGGCGGCGGAAGGAAAUAAUGAUCAAGGCGAUACAAGUGAUUGUGAUGUCCGAAAUGGGAUUGGAAAUGAUAAAGAAAAGAGAAGCAAAGAGUUUUCAGUUGGUUUAAUUGAAGCAAAGACUUGGUCUAAUAUGAUCCAAGACAAAAUUCCCAAAAUUGUGCCAAAAACACCGAUAAGAACUCCUCCGGGGGAGCCGGAGACGAUCAAUACUUGGGAGUUGAUGGCGGGGCUUGAGGAAGACGAUAGUCUCUCUGUGCCUCAUCGGUAUAGGAGUUUCUCUUUUGAUGUUUCACGUGAUCCUAGUCCAGUUCAAGAUAGCCCAAAACUGAAUCCUACAUUACUGUCCCCAAAUAAAAACAAGCCUUUUUGGCUUCAAAUUGCAGAUGAAGAUACUAAUUCUAAAUGUCCAGAAUUCGAUCCGCAAGUCAUUUCCACAUUCAGAAAGUCACUUCAAGAACUCUCUCCUGAUCAUCCAUUUUACCUUAAAUCAUCCGAAAACGGUGAGAAGCAACCGCCUUCCUCGGACCCCAGCAACGUCGUUGCAAAAGAUUAUUGUAAAGGCGGAAAGGAGAAGCUAGUGGUAUACUUUACGAGCCUAAGAGGAGUAAGAAAAACAUACGAAGACUGUUGCCAUGUGAGGGUGAUCUUAAAAGGAUUAGGCGUUCGAGUCGAUGAGAGAGAUGUAUCGAUGCAUUCAGGGUUCAAGGAGGAGUUGAAAGAGCUACUGGGAGAAGGGUUUUGCGGUGGAGGGUUACCGAGAGUGGUUAUAGGAACAAAAUACCUUGGUGGAGCCGAGGAAAUAAGACGAAUGCACGAAGAAGGACAGCUGGAGAAGGUGGUUGAAGGAUGUGAAAUGUUGGAGGAUGAUAGUGGCGGUGGUGGUUGUGAGGGUUGUGGGGAUGUUAGGUUUAUACCUUGCGAGACAUGUAAUGGAAGCUGUAAAAUAUAUUACGAACGCCACGAAGAAGAAGAAGAAGAAGAAGAAGACGGGGAAGCAGCAGCAGCAGCAGAAGAAGAAUUGGAAGAAGGUGAGUAUGGAUUUCAACGUUGUCCUGAUUGUAAUGAGAAUGGACUAAUACGUUGCCCAAUUUGUUGCUACUAGUAACAUUUGUUUUAUGUUUUUUCUUCGUUUGUUAUAUUGGCUUCUUUGCUCGUCGCCGUCGUCUUUCGCGUCGUUUGUUGUACAGUGAGGAGUUUCAUUUUA